CAACACCAAUCAAAACCCUAGAAAACUCCAAUCACAAUCACCAUCACCAUCAUCAUCAUCCUCAAUCCUCAAUCAUCAUCUCGAUUACAAAUCCCCACCAUCAAUCAAACCCUAACCUUCAUGACUCUCAAAUCCCCAAACCCUAACCCCUAACAAAAAUGCCAGAAACCUAUAAAAUCUCCAACACAGACUCCCCAACCAGCUCUCGAUCAGUAACCGAAACAAUCAACGGCUCACACCAGUUCAUAAUCCAAGGCUAUUCGUUAGCAAAAGGCACGGGGAUCGGAAAACACAUAGCGAGUGAUAAUUUCAUGGUUGGAGGUUACCAAUGGGCUGUGUAUUUCUAUCCUGACGGAAAGAAUCCGGAAGAUAAUUCGACUUAUGUUUCGCUUUUCAUUGCGCUUACUAGUGAGGGUUCGGAUGUUAGGGCUUUGUUUGAGUUGACUUUGGUUGACCAGAGUGGGAAGAAGAAGCAUAAGGUGCAUAGUCACUUCGAUCGGGCGUUGGAGAGCGGGCCGUAUACAUUGAAGUAUCGAGGGAGCAUGUGGGGAUACAAGCGUUUUUACAGGCGAGCAUUACUCGAAUCCUCAGACUAUCUCAAGGAUGACUGUUUGAAAGUCAACUGCACUGUCGGAGUGGUGGUUUCGGCAACACAUUGCCCUAGACAUUCCAUUCAAGUCCCCGAAUCCGAUAUUGGAUCAAAUUUCGGUAUGUUGCUGGAAAACAUGGAAGGUUCAGACGUUACAUUCAAUGUGGCCGGUGAAAUAUUUCAUGCCCAUAAGUUGGUAUUAGCUGCUAGAUCCCAUGUUUUCCAGUCCAAUUUCUCUGAUCAAGAUGGAGACCAUGAGAUUGUUAUUACCGAUAUGGAACCUAAGGUUUUUAAGGCUAUGCUCUACUUCAUAUACAGAGAUGAACUUAAUGAAGAUGUGUUGGCGGCUUCUAGUGCAUCCAGUGAAUCCUAUUUGGCGGAUACGUUAUUAACCAAGCUGUUAGCUGCUGCCGACGAGUAUGAUUUGUGCAGACUCAAGCGAAUGUGUGAGUCUAGUAUCUGUAAGGAUAUAUCUGUAAAUUCCGUUGGCCGAAUUCUAGCACUUGCGGAUACUUAUCAUGCUAUGGAACUCAAAGCUAUUUGCUUAAAAUUUGCUUCAGAAAACCUUGCAGCCGUUAUGCAAUCAGACGGGUUCGAGUAUCUGAAAGCGAACCACCCAUCAUUGCAAUCGGAGAUUCUGAAGACGGUUGCUGGUUGCGAUCAAGGCUAUAGCAGUGACGGUGGUGGUAAAACUCAGAGCGUUUGUGGUCAGCUUUCAGACGGUGGAGAUUCAGAUAGCAGGAGGGUAAGACAAAGGACUUGAUUAGAGUUAAUGUAGAACGAAAGUGUUGUAUGCUAUGCGGGUUUUGUUUUGAUGAUGGCUGUGUAUAAUACUUGCCAUGUAGGUGAAAUGAGCAGGGUUUGUUAAUCCACCUAUGGGUUUCAUUAGUUUGGUUCUUGAUGAUUCCAGUUAGUCCAAAUACACACACACAAACUGACAAACUGACAAACUGAAACACACAGAGUUGGCUUGUUAAGCUCUAUAUAUUGCACUAAAUGUCAUAAAGUAGGCUGUAAGCAUUAUUGUUUUGACAUGGAUGUAUGAUUUGUUUGAUGACAUACAAAUAAAGAGCCAUUAUUUUCUUGAA